UGUUCUUGACUAAGUUUCUAUAAGAAAGCCAUGCCAGAGUGUCGGAAUUCAAAUAACAUCCCAAACCUAGACGAUUGCCAGCAGGAUCCAGAAUGGCUAACCAAGGAUUUUUUUCAGAAAAAACUGAGAAUCUACUUCAAGGAUCCAAGUCUAGAGGUGAUAUCAAUGAAUCUGACUCCAGCAAUUCCAAAAGGUGAGAACUAUGCCAGUGUUAUGACUCGAGUUUCGGUUGAAUAUAUUAUGGAAGGUGAUCAUGAAUCAAGAAAUGGAUCAUACAUCGUCAAGAGUUCCUUUGAAGGAGAUGAUUUUUCUACUGAAUUGAUGAAACCUUACGAUGUCUUCUACAAAGAAAUGAAAAUCUACCAGAAGAUCAUUCCCAAGUUGAACGCUUUGCUGAAAGAAAUCGGUGAUACCGAUAAGAUGUUUCCAGAAACUAUUGCCGUUGAAUUCGAUCGUUGUGCAAUUGUAUUUGAAGACCUUUCUAAACUUAACUUUGCAAUGUGUGAUAGAACCAAAGGCUUGGAUAUGGAGCACGCAAAACUCUGCCUGAAAAAGCUGGCUAAAAUGCAUGCUACUUCAGCGGUCUUGAAUGAACGUGAACCAGGAAUUUCCAAAGAUUUUGAUCGGGGAUUGUUUAAUAGACAUACGAACAAUUAUAGUCCUUUGUUUGUGGGGCUUUUAGAGGCUUGUGGGAAGUUGGUAAGUCAGUGGGAUGAUUUCAAGGAAUACGGUGAAAAAAUGCUGGCCCUAAAACCUAAACUGAUGGAAUAUGGGAAUCAAGUCUUCGAUCCUAUUGAUGGCCAUUUGAAUGUACUGACUCAUGGAGACUUCUGGAUUAACAAUGCCAUGUUUAACGAAGGACCAAAUGAGCAUCCGAUUGAUGUGAUUCUGUUAGAUUUCCAAUACAGUUGUUGGGGAUCACCUGCUAUUGAUUUGCAUUAUUUCUUCAAUACAUCACUGAGAGAGGAGAUCCGAUUGCAUCAACAGGACGAACUUUUCCAAUAUUACUAUAACGUCUUUGCAGGAACUUUAAAGGCUCUACGAUUCAAAGCAAAAAUCCCUAGCUUGCAUCAAUUCCUCUUGCAUAUGAUAGAGAAAAGUUUUUUCGCUUUCGUAUCAGGCUGUUUGAUUCAAGCAAUCCAUUUGACUGAACAAACGGAUGAUGCUGAUUUUCACGCUUUGAUGGGCGAAGAUGAGCGGGCGCAAAAUUUUAAGAGUAUUGUUUUCCAAAACGAAAAAGUUCAAAAGAAUCUUAAAAGGCUUUUACCGAUGUUUGAUCGUAAGGGUCUAUUGGAUCACAGAGAUUGAUAAGGGGAUGCAGAAACUGUAGUAAAAGUGAUCUCUCACGAUCGUUCAAAACAUUGUUUUAAAUAUUUUUGAAGAU